ACUACAGUCUACAGUCUGCAGUCUACAAUCUUCGGGGUUCAGUCGUCUGUGGUCUUGCUUAGCCCACGGUUCUGUUGUUGUGUACCGCUCCGCCCGCUUUUACCGCCUCUACCUGCACCGCCUCUCCCGCUCGUCCCGCUAGUUGCUGGUGUGCUUGGUUGAGCUGAACGACCGACUGCAAAUUGCGAACACAGUUACCCACAGAUUCCCAUACCGCGAUGUCUUGGCUGGUGGUGCUGCUGAUCCUGUACGUGAUCUGGGAUGUCAACUACUUCAUCCGGUGCGUGUUCACGGUGUUCGCGGGUCGGUUAUUCCAGCGGAAGCGCAAGGUGACGGACACCACGACGAUCUAUGGACUGUGCACCUCGCAGGAUGUGGACAUCUUCAUCCGGCACAUGAACAACGCGCGGUAUCUCCGCGAACUGGACUUCGCCCGCUUCCAUUUCUACGCUUUGACGGGACUGUACGAGCGGAUCCGGGAGCGGCGCGGUGGAGCGGUCCAGGGAGCCAGCAGUGUGCGGUACCGCCGCACCAUCCCCAUCUUCCACCCGUACAAGAUCCAGACCAAGCUGGUCUGGUGGGACGACAAGGCCAUCUACCUGGAGCAGCAGUUCGUCACCCUCUCCGACGGAUUCGUGCGGGCUGUGGCCAUGUCCAAGCAGAACAUCACCAACUGCAAUGUGCUGGAGGUGCUGAAGACCUAUCCGGAAACUGCCCAGCGGCCGGAGAAGCCCGAGGAACUCAAGCUCUGGCUGGAUGCCAUCGAACUGUCCAGCCAGAAGCUGCGCAAGGACAAGUGAGCUGGCGGGGAUCACGGAGAUGCCACCUGACUGCGGCACAACUCAUUUACUCUUGCCUCAAUUUUAUAGACUUGUAAUCUUUUUUUUUUGAGUGCACUGUGAAGAAACUUUAGACUGGUGUAAAUUCCCACAACUCAAAGCAAAAAUCAAGAUAUCAGAAAAUCUUCCAAAUGUAAAUUUAACAAAUCUCAUCCAUAAUAAGUUUGAAAUAAUUUGUAAACCACGAUUUGGAUGUAAAAAUUAUCAGAUUAACAUCAUAAGAUUAUUUUAAAUAUUGGAGAUAACUCAAAACAAUUGUAUUUGCUUAUAUUUUUCACAGUGCCUUAGUUAUAAUAUAUAUUUUGUGUAAAAAUAUUUCUUAAAUGGAGUGGCCGAAGCUUUUUAAAUAUAGUUUUUUUACAAACAAAA